CGUCAAGAUGAACAAUCAGAAUCCAACCUCACAACUUCUGUUGGCGAUGAGCAGUCCUCUCCUGUUUCCGUUGAAGCAGCGAAACCUUCUGUACUACUUUCUGCAGGAGCGGGAAGAACAAAUGAAGUCGACCAGUCCAUCGUGCACACCCUCCUGUGCAACAUGGUGCGCGACCAGUUUUUGAUCAAAGGCGGGGAGGCGGGGAAAACAACGCUGAAAAGGAUAACUCUGGCGGGGCUUCUUGCUGAUGUUGACAAAAGUAUGAUUUCGACUUCAUCAACAUCCCCGAAUGCUGAUGCAGAUGCUGCCCCUACUGCUCCGGAUCACCAGCCGCACAACCACGAUUUUUUGGGUUCUCCUGAUGACGAUGUGUUUCAAAAGAUAGUUCCGGAUGGGCAAACAUAUCCUAUGUAAAAACGUACCCACCCCAUAGUCAAGAUGGGGAAUCGGCUAGACAAAUCCACAAGCUUUGGCUGUUUCGCAUGACAAAUUUGGACGCGUAGCGUAGUACUGUUUGAGCUAGUUCAGCAGCAUUACAGAACUAGUCUCUCAUGCUGAUUGGAGCAUGACAAAUUUCAAAACACCAUUAGAAAAUGCUUCUCAUGGGGCUCCGCAUGAGAAACAUUUGAAGCAUGCCGAUUUGCAUGACAGCUAUGGUGUGGGUACGUUUUUACUCAGGAUAAAACAGAGGAUGAAUUCUUGUACCACUUCUGGUGUGACAAAAUCAAAGCCACCCUGCAUGCUGGCGAACUGGUGAAGGGCCGUGCUGAU